AUGUCAAUGCCCUCGAAUCCCGACAAAUCCAACCGUCAAGAGGCGAUCAAAUCACUCGGGGGGCCAUUACAUGCAUUUUCUGCAGAUGGGUACAAGUUCGCUAUAGCUACCGCCGAUGGUGUAGUGUCAGUCUGGGAUGUCCGAAGGAAAGUUCCGCUGGGUGUAUUUAUGGCGGAUGCUUCAAGGCAUGACGACUGGUCCAUAUUCAUUCUUCAAUUUCACAGUGGAAUGUCAGGGAAGGAAGUUUUGGUGUUCGUGGAGAAUGACAUUUCUGGUCAUAAAAUAAUUCACUUAGUCGACGCAACAUCCUUUGAGAUGGAAGAAACUCUCUACUUGCCCGAAACUGACAGAGACAAUAGAUGGAGUCGGGCAAGCACUUUAUUCUUCGAUCCGUGCGGAAGAAGUAUGUAUGCCUCGGUGGAAGGGAUCCUGUUUGAAUGGGACUUCCAGAAAAGUAUGGGGUUAGAGUGGUGGCUUGGGGAGGAGUAG